CGUGUCAGUGGCGUUAGCAGCGGACCCGGCUGGCAGUUCCUUCCUCGGAAGGAAAGAUUCCUCUGCCAUGGAGUCCUACGAUGUGAUCGCCAACCAACCCGUCGUGAUCGACAACGGAUCCGGUGUGAUUAAAGCUGGUUUUGCUGGUGACCAGAUCCCCAAAUACUGCUUUCCAAACUAUGUGGGCAGACCCAAGCAUGUUCGAGUCAUGGCAGGAGCCCUCGAAGGCGACAUUUUCAUCGGCCCCAAAGCUGAGGAACACCGAGGGCUGCUCUCCAUCCGCUACCCCAUGGAGCACGGCAUUGUCAAGGACUGGAACGACAUGGAGCGCAUCUGGCAAUAUGUCUAUUCUAAGGACCAGCUGCAGACUUUCUCAGAGGAGCAUCCAGUGCUUUUGACGGAGGCGCCUUUAAACCCGCGGAAAAACCGAGAACGAGCUGCUGAAGUUUUCUUCGAGACCUUCAAUGUGCCAGCCCUUUUCAUCUCCAUGCAAGCUGUGCUCAGCCUUUAUGCCACAGGCAGGACCACGGGUGUAGUGCUGGAUUCUGGGGAUGGCGUUACCCAUGCCGUGCCCAUUUAUGAGGGCUUUGCCAUGCCCCACUCAAUCAUGCGCAUCGACAUCGCUGGCCGAGACGUCUCUCGCUUCCUUCGCCUCUACCUGCGUAAGGAGGGCUAUGAUUUCCACUCAUCCUCCGAGUUUGAGAUUGUCAAGGCCAUAAAAGAGAGAGCCUGCUACCUGUCCAUAAACCCCCAGAAGGAUGAGACACUAGAGACGGAGAAGGCUCAGUACUACCUGCCCGACGGUAGCACCAUUGAGAUUGGUCCUUCCCGAUUCCGGGCACCUGAGCUGCUGUUCAGGCCAGACCUGAUUGGCGAAGAGAGUGAGGGCAUCCAUGAGGUACUGGUGUUUGCCAUCCAGAAGUCUGACAUGGACCUGCGGCGCACACUUUUCUCUAACAUUGUCCUCUCAGGAGGCUCCACCCUGUUCAAAGGUUUUGGUGACCGGCUACUGAGUGAAGUGAAGAAACUGGCUCCGAAAGAUGUGAAGAUCAGGAUAUCUGCACCUCAGGAGAGACUGUAUUCCACAUGGAUUGGGGGCUCUAUCCUCGCCUCCCUGGACACCUUUAAGAAGAUGUGGGUCUCAAAGAAGGAGUACGAGGAAGAUGGUGCCCGAUCUAUCCACAGGAAAACCUUCUAAUGUUGAGACGUCAUCUUCACCUCUCUCUGAAGUUAACUCCACUUUAAAACUCGCUUUCUUGAGUCGGAGUGUUUGCGAGGAACUGCCUGUGUGUAUGAGUGUGUGUGUGGGUACGAGUGUGUGUACAUACGCGAGUGCCGUGUGGCCCAGGGAGCCCAGGGCCCAGAAAGGACGAUGAACUACCCACGAUGGCGAUGGCCUGAGGCCUGGGGUUGACCACUAACUGGCCCCUGACAGGGAAGAGCGCCGGCAGAGAGCCCCACUCCGUCAGCUGGGCCUUUGUCUGGUUGUGUGGGACUAUGUUUACUACCAUAGAAAGACAGAGAGGGAGGGAAACCCAACCCCCAAGAGACCUUGCUGCUGCCCAUCCUAGGCUGGGCUAGCCCCACCCCCACUGCACCCUCAGGGUGCCCUGAGGCCCAAGGCAGCUGCUUCCUCCCUUGCUCAUCAUUCUGUUCUCAAUGCUUCUUGAUCAUGGACUAAGGACUGGGGCCGGGGUUGAGUUCUGUCUGGUUUUGUUGCAGUUUGGGUUUGGGAGGCUGGAAAAGCACUCCAGGAGUUACUAAGACUCCAGAGUCGGGAGAAGGCAGGAUGCCCUCCACUUUACCUGGGGACCAGGACAACACAGGGCAUUUGAGAAGGGCAGGAGUAGUGCUACUUCUGAUGGCGGUAGAGUCAGUGCUCCAACCCCCAGCCCCAUCCAGGGGGUCGCAGGAAAGUUUGAGAAGCCUGUUGGCCCCACGCCCUCUUACUUGCUUUCAUCCAUCUUUGGGCAAUGCCAUCUUCAAACAGUUUUAUUUAUUGAAGUGUUUGUUCAGUAUGAGGACUGGAGAGAGGGAGCUCAUCGCCUCCUGCCUACCGGUCACCAUGUUCACACUAAUGUUUACAGCACCUAAGCUUAGCAUAGCAUCCAGGGCCCCGCCACUCCUUGCUAAUGGACAGUAUCCAUAGGCCUCAGGACCAUUUGGGAUCGGAGGCUACAUUCAAAGGCACUCCCACAGCCUGUUUCUUUCUCCCUCUUCUACUUGCUCACUGCCUGGAAUCAACAGGCUGGUUGCUGGUUGGAUUUUCUGAAACAGGAGGUAGAAUCACUCUUUGGCAGAGGCCCCUAGCAAAAGAUGGGUAUUGGGGAUCCAGCCCCCUUAGGACUGGAGAAAGAGCCGCAAUUAACCAAGUUGCCUUUUCCCACUCUAGCUGACCCGGGGGGCUAGAUUGUAGAGGCUAAAAGGCCCCCUCUGGGCUGACCUGUGCCAUUCUUGACUUUGGACUUGUUUGGUUAGGGAGGGAGGGGGGCAAAACCAGAGUGCCAGGAGCUGAUGGGCCCAGGCUCAUCUCCUCUGGUCCAGUGGGGCCAGGUGCCUACCCUGGACUGGGCUCGCCUAGCAGUGGUCCAAAGGCUCCUCAGCCCAGAUGGUGCAAAGCUGGGGCUAGCAAAUCUUCGCUGGCACCCUCAUCUGUAACACCAAGACCUGCCCCAGUUCCAGAGUCCAGGCAGUAUUCUCCCCCAUGCCGUACAACGACCAAAGGCCCUGCCAGGUGUGGGCCGCAGCAGCAGGUGUGUGUGAAAGCUAUGUGGCGACCCGCGGACUGCAGUGUGCUUAACCAGCUCACCUCCCUUCUCUUAGCCCAAGCCUGUCCCUUGCACAGCCUCGCACAAACCACGUUGCCUGGUGGGGCCCAGUCUACUUAAAUAAAGUCGUUCCAAUAGACA